ACCGCAAGCGGCAAAGCCGUUGGCUGCAUCUAACUACCGGCGGGGGGGCCAACGACCUUUGCUUGCUUCUCCUUCCCGCAUGUUCUCAUCCCCUCUCUCCUCUCCACUCGUCGUCCACCCCUCGUCCCUCGACCUCCUCUUCACCUUCAGCUCCGGAUCUGGAAGGCCGAGGAGCAGCCGCAUGGUAGAAGACAAACAGGGCUUUCCCGUCUCCGCCGCAGCUCUCUUGGUGAGGGCGAGAAUUCUGGACGGAGAACCCGGGAAAGCCUCGAGGAGAAUUCAGACAUGGAUGGGUUGCCUAGAGAGCUGUGCCUCAAGAUCUUCCACCUCCUGGAUCACCAGUCCCUCGCCUCUGCACCCCAAGUUUGCAGGAAAUGGAGUGCGUUGACCUCCGACGGUGAGCUGUGGCGCAAGCUGUUCAACGAUAGGUGGGGGGCGGACGCCGCAGCGUUCUACGCGCCGGAGGGCGACAAGUCUUGGAAGGACGUCUUCGUCGUGCAGGACCGGUGCGACCGAUACGGACUGGGUGUCAGGAUCAUCAGGGAAGGGAAGGACUACUACCUGAUCUACCAGGGCGAGAUCCAGAGGUACUUGGGCUCCCGCCAGGACACGGACACGGAUGGCGAUUGCGGCAAGGACGCGCCGCGGCAGGACGCUGGAGACGAGCACCGGCAGAUAUCCAACCGGAUCCUCUUCUUCCUUGGGGACCUGGAGAAAGCAUGCGCGGACGCCAAACGUGUCAAGGCCUGAACCUGAACAUGUGCUACCCUUGUGACCCUGAUCAUCGGCACAUUGUUCAGCGCUUGUAUGACUCUUGCUAAUCUGCAUAACUCGUGCAUAGUGUUGCUAUACUGCAUGUAUAGUGCCUCACAUUCAAUUCAUGUAAGUUGAAUAUCAUGUUUACAUCCACCUGAAAUUAUAAUUCAAGUACAGUCGAUUAGGGUGCAAAUCGACAUGAUCGCCACAA